GCGUCAUUCACAGGAGAGGCACUGAGUGAGUGAGUGAGAGUCAGUUAUUAUGCUUCUUUGGGCUCGCUGACAGAACAUUUAGGAGCUUUAUGUUCUACCAGACUAUGCAGCUGAAAACAAGCGCGGUAGGCCCCAAAUCAUCCUGCGGCUUUCCUACUGUGAGUGAACGGAAAAGAGGGUCCUGGUUUUGCGUGAAGUCCGGCUUUUUACCGCUGGACGCCGGUGCGUCGCAGUAACCUCUUGAGAGCAAGAGCGACAUCUGGCGGAAAAAGUCAUCAUGACAGGGGUGUGUGGUUGUUGUGGAGCGCUGAGGCCACGCUACAAGAGACUGGUGGACAACAUCUUCCCUGAAGACCCAGAGGAUGGGUUGGUGAAGGCCAACAUGGAGAAACUGACUUUUUAUGCUCUGUCAGCUCCAGAGAAGUUGGAUCGGAUCGGGGCGUACCUGUCUGAGAGAUUGUCUCGUGAUGUAGCUAGACACCGUUAUGGGUAUGUGUGUAUUGCGAUGGAAGCCCUCGACCAGCUGCUAAUGGCCUGUCACUGUCAGAGUAUCAACCUGUUCGUGGAGAGUUUCCUGAAGAUGGUGCGGAAACUCCUGGAGGCUGACAAGCCCAACCUGCAAAUCCUGGGAACAAACUCGUUUGUGAAGUUUGCCAACAUUGAGGAGGACACCCCCUCAUAUCAUCGCAGUUAUGAUUUCUUCGUGUCACGGUUUAGUGAGAUGUGCCAUUCCAGCUUUGAGGACCCCGACAUCCGCACCAAAAUCCGAAUGGCUGGCAUCAAAGGUCUGCAGGGAGUAGUGAGGAAGACCGUAAACGAUGAGUUGCAGGCGAACAUCUGGGACCCUCAGCACAUGGACAAGAUUGUCCCCUCACUGCUCUUCAAUCUGCAGUCUGGUGAAGGCACGGAGAGUCGUUCUCCCUCCCCACUGCAAGCCAGUAAGAAGGAGAAAGAAAGCCCAGCCGAGCUGACGGAGCGCUGCUUUCGGGAACUGCUGGGCCGUGCCGCCUAUGGCAACAUCAAGAACGCAGUCACCCCUGUGCUUAUGCAUCUUGAUAACCACUCGCUGUGGGAAGGCAAAACAUUUGCAGUGCGCUGCUUUAAGAUCAUCAUGUACUCUAUUCAGUCCCAGCAUUCUCAUCUGGUCAUCCAGCAGCUCCUGGGCCAUUUGGAUGCCAACAGUAAGAGCUCGGCCACAGUGCGUGCUGGGAUAGUGGAGGUCCUUCUGGAGGCAGCAGCCAUCGCUGCCAGUGGCUCUGUUGGCCCCACCGUGUUGGAGGUGUUCAACACGCUGCUCCGGCAUCUGAGGCUCAGUGUGGACUAUGAACUCACGGGAUCCUAUGACUGCACCAACAUCGGCACCAAAAUCAUCAAGGAGCACGAGGAGAGACAGCUACAGGAAGCCGUCAUCAGGACUAUUGGCUCAUUUGCAAACACGUUACCCACAUACCAGCGCUCUGAGGUGAUGCUCUUCAUCAUGGGGAAGAUCCCCAUUCCAGGCAUGCAUCCCACACUGCCCUCUACAGGCUCAGGGCCUGAGGUCAAUCGAAUGAUCCAAGUCAUGUUAUUGAAGUCCUUGAGACAGGUCACAUGUGGUUUCCAGACGACUAAUAUGCUGACAGCUCUGCCAAACUCCUUUCUGGACCCACUGCUGUCAUUUGCUCUGUUAGAAGAUGCAGAAAUUCGACUGUUGGUGCUGGAAAUUCUGGUCAGCCUUAUUGAUCGCCAUGAUAACCUCCCCAAGUUUUCCACCAUCAGUAUCAUCUCUGAUAUCUCUGUGCUUAAACUCAAAGUGGACAAGUGCUCACGCCAAGACAACCUCUUCAUGAAGAAGCAUGCACAGCACCUGUAUAGACACAUCUACCUGUGCAGUAAGGAACAGAGCAGCGUGCAGCCUCACUUUGAGAAGCUCUACUCACUCCUGGCCCUCAUCAGCAUGGAGCUGGCCAACGAAGAAGUGGUGGUGGACCUGAUCCGUGUGGCGCUCGCUCUGCAGGACUUGGCUCUGAGCUGUGAGGAGAUGUUACCGGUGUAUAACCGCUGUGCUGUUCAUGCUCUGUCCUCUGCUUACCUCAAUCUCAUCAGUCAGCUCACCACAGUGCCCGCGUUCUGCCAGCACGUUCAUGAGGUGAUCGAAAUGAGACAAAAAGAAAGUCCUUACCUGUUACCCGAGGAUGUCUUCAUUGAAAACCCAAAGAUUCCUAAGACACUGGAGAAUCUGGAAGGAGAGCUGUUGUUUCAACAGGCCAAGAUCACCGAGGUUCUUGGAGGCAGCGGCUAUAACACUGAGCGACUAGCUACACCUUAUGUCCCACAGUUCACAGAUGAGGACCGGCUGUCAAAAAGAAAGAGCAUUGGAGAAACGAUAUCUCUGCAGGUGGAGGUAGAGUCCAGAAACAGUCCUGAGAAAGAGGAGAGAACACCAGCUGAAGAAAUCACAUUUGAAACACUAAAAAACGCCAUUGUGGAUAGUGUAGGCGUGGAGGAACAGGAGAAGGAACGCAGGAGACAGGUGGUUGAGAAGUUCCAGAAGGCCCCAUUUGAGGAAAUAGCUGCCCACUGUGGUGCCAGAGCUACAAUGCUGCAGAGCAAACUUAAUCAAAUCUUUGAAAUCACGAUCAGGCCUCCUCCCAGUCCAUCUGGAACCAUCACAUCAAGUUACGGCCAAACCCAGAGUCGCUCUGUCCCCGUUUAUGAGAUGAAGUUCCCGGACUUGUGCGUUUACUAGUGCAGCUCAACUCAGGAUUCAGAAACCUUCAGUAGCAGCCAGAGGUGCAGAGAGCUGGAGGGUUUUAGAUAUUAAAUUAUAUUUUGAUGUUUUGUAAUAGAGGAAAAAUAAGAGGUCAGCCCUAUCUUAUAACCCUCACCGCUGGAUCGUCCCAUGUUCCACUGUCUACACUGUGACUGUAGACACUUCACCCGUUGAACUACUGGAAGGAUUUUGACAAUUUGGAUUCCUGAGUUGAGAGUUUUCCCUGUUUGCGAAUAUUUUCCACAUAAUCUUUGAUACUCUGCGCUUCAAUGAUAAAAUCAGCUAACAUAAAUCUGUAUUUGCAGCAAAAACCUAACUCAAAAGGGGCGCAAAAAACAUUUUUAACAAGAGCAUACCUGGGAAUUUAUAUAUAUUUCACCCUUAAAAUAAAAAGAAAGAAAAGAGUUGUAUUUUGUAUAAAGAAAACUUUAGGAAGUUUAGUACCAUUAAGAUUUUUUUUUUUUACAUUGUGACAUUAUUUUCAUGACAAUCAAGGACAUUUAAUGUGAAAAUAAAAAUAUUUUAAUUUUAAAUCUUUUAUACAUUAGGAAUUGUUAUAAUGUCUUUAAUUAUGCUUAUUGCAAUGCAGAUUUAAUUUAAAAAGCAUUGCAUUAUAGUUAUUGUUUAUUGUAAUAUAGUAUAAUAAUAUAAUAAAAAUCUAUUUACAUUCAGUAAAAAAAAAAAUACAAUAUUGAGCCUUUUGGAGGUCAAUGGAGUUUAAUUGUCAUAAAAAUAAUGUCAUAGUUCUGUGUUAAAUGUAUGGAAUAUAGUCAUAUUAUGGUCAUAUAUAUAUAUAUAUAUAUAUAUAUAUAUAUAUAUAUAUAUAUAUAUAUAUAUUUUUUUUUUUUUUUUUUUUUUGACCAUAUGUCUGUUUGAUUCACCUUUUUUCUUUUUAAAGUGAAGUGUCAUUGUUCCAUAUUGAGAAAAAGGGGAAACAGUCAUUUCAUGAUACAUUUUGACAAGUCAAACAGCAAACCUUUCUACCUAGAGAUUAAGUGCAAUGAAUAUAAAUGAGGCUCUUUUGUUGCUCUCAGAGGAUUUUUACUUGGUGCUAAUUUCUGUUCCUAGUAGUUUGAGUCUUUAGUAAAUGGGUUUUUUAUUGUUUCUUUAAGCAUUGGUAGUUUGUUUUAUCGCUGUGAUCUGCAGUCUGCAGAUAUCUGGCGUUCAGAUCACUGGAAGUGACGUCUGUCUUCUGCUUGUGUUUGCAUGGACAGUUGUUUGUAAGUGGCAUUAAGGUGCUGAAGGAUCUUUUAAAUUAGCACUUUAUUUAUCUAACCAUAAUCAUUAGUUUAGCAUCUGUAACCUGCUACGUUGUGGUUAUUUUUAAGUGCUUCCACACAGUCUUGUGGCAUCAGACAGUUUUUUGAUUAUUUCUAUUUUGUAAGCUCAACCAUCAUUUUUAUUGUGUUUAUAAAUACAUGUAAAUAAUAGUUUAUUCAUUUUAGAUUGCCCUGGAUUCAGUCCUCGUCUGAAUGAGAGUGUGUAUGUGUGUGUAUUUCCCCAGAAAGAGCUAGCAUAAUGUCUCCAGUUUAAAAGAGCUUGUGUAACUCAUAAUGGCAGAUCUGUUUUUGUGAUUGACUGCUAGCUUCAGGGUUCAGAGACAAAUGAAGAAAAAAUGACAACAUUGCCAUACAUCACACUCCUGGACAAACUUAUUUUUUAUGUUGUUUGAAUCACAUGAUGCUCUGCAAAUAUUCUAGAUCAUAGUGAGAGAUGACUACUAUUUCUGUGCUGAUCUGUGUUUUUAAGUACAGUAGAAUAUUUAAAGGAUAAUAUACAGCCAGGGUUUGUUUUGUAAUUUUGACCUUCUGGCUGUACAGUAUCCUGCUUAGUACACGGCUGCUUACCAAAUAAACAAAUAUAUGAACAUAACACUUUCAUUUUAUGUUGUUUAUGUAGAAAAACUUACUUGUGUAUAAGAUAAGAUAAGAGAUAUAGUCCAUUAUAACGUAGAAACCAGCCUGCCUAAUGCAUCAAGACAAGCAGUGCAACAAUAUUACAAUAUUCAUUUAUAUUUUAUUUUUAAUGUGCAAUCAAAGUUUGUAGGGACUAGUUAACCAACAUAUUUAACAAGUCUUCCACUAUUUUAAUAUCUCUCAUCCAGGUCAUUGUUCUUACUUUUUUUCUUUUCUUGCUUGGCUCCUGAGCUGCCUUCCAUCAAAUGUUUUAAAAGCGAAUGUGAUUGGAAAAACAUACAAUUUUAGCAAACUAUGCACAAUUUCACCAAUUGGCCAACAAUUAAGAACCAAGUAUAUUAGAGAACUGUUAAUAAAUUAAGAAUAAUAAUUCAAUUUGUCAUCAUUUGAUGGAAAACUUCAAGUAUGCUUUCCUUUCAUAUUGGGGUGGUGUAAUGGUGAGUGUAAUUUGUUCAUGUUCAGCUAACAGACAUUUAAUGUUGUGUGUGUAGUUUAGUCCCAUUAUUUGUCAGGAAUGGUUUUGUGUAGUUUUGGAUUUUACAGUGCCAUGAACUGAACUGCUGUGCUUUUUCUGACUUGCUUUUAUGUCAUCAGUUGGUGACUGCAUACAGUGUAUUUUUUAAGUGUUACUUUUUAUGUUUUUGAGACCAGGAGGCCAAGUAUGAAAACAUAUUAAAUCAAUAUUAAUUUGUAUUACGCAAACAGCAGUAGAUAUUUUAACAAUCCAAUAAAAAAUGAGCAGAGAUACCUAAAUGGAAAAUGCUAUAAUGCCUGUAGUCAGUACUGUCUUUGUCAAAGAAGUAGGCCGCUGUUGUUCUCUCAGUGUUAUUAGUAUUAAAUGCAUUUGCUGUUUAAAUAUAAUUAUUCUCUUAAAAUGUAUCUGAAGUAUAGCUCUUGCCCCGAUUAUAUCACUGAAGUCCUGUUAAUGCGCAGUAGUUCUGUAAAUGCAUCUCAUGUUCAUGUUUUUGCGAGAAUAUGAAUUCCUGGGCUGUGACAUGCCAAAGUUAGUCAUUUAUUAUGACUUUUCUGCAAUUCAAGUGUCAUUUCUGAUGUAACUGGAUUCUUGAAAUGGAUUGCGCUGUUCAUGUGUAGCAUUGAUGAAAUAUCAGUUACAGUGUCUCCGUUUCUCCAUUCUGUCUGAAUGAUAGUUUUCAGCAGAAUUUGUUUGUGGUUAAACUGCAAAUAGACAAUAAAACAUUUUCAAUACGA